AUGCAUGUCCGGCAACCGCGGCGAGAACGCAGCGGUCACAGCAAUGAAUUUCUUCCUGAGCGAAAGCUAAUUACAGUUUUUGUUGCAGGUUUACUAUUUGCAACAGUCACGGCGUGUUUCAUUCCAAAUUUCCAGUGUGAUCAGAAAAUCAGACUAAAUGCGAUAUCAAGCGAUAUCACACGCGUAAAUACACUCUAUGUUUACAACAUACCACGAAAUGUAAUCAAGUUUUCAGUUGGAUUUUUGCAUCUCGCAAAUUUAUCAUCAAUCCAAGAAAAAAUAGAAUACAAAGGUUUCCUAACAGUAUAUAAAGGAGAUUCUUGGACAAUCAACAACAUAACGAUAAAAAACUUAGUUUGUAACCCAACCUUACCGAAAUAUGUAGAAAUUUAUUCAAUGAAUACCAAAAAAAUAUCGAAAAUAGACAUAAAUAUAUGGGUUAAAACUGUUGUUUCCAAAUCGAUUGACUUAGAUUUUCGAGUCUCCUUCGAAUGCGAUCCAUUGUUUACAGUUAAGACAUAUUACUAUCUUUUAGCAUCAUUUGUAUUCUUAUGGAUCUGGUUUAUCCUUCAGAAACUUACUUGUGGCUCUGCAGAACGAAAAUGGUUUGUAACAAUCAUGAAAAGCUACUAUUUAGUAUCAUCCAUAUACUCAUUGUUACAUUUCAUUACAGCUACAAGCCCGAAUCUCUCAAUUUUAUAUACAUUGAAAAUAAUUGUUGUAAGUACACGCGAAAUGUUCUCAAUUGCGUAUGUUUCCGCUGUUAUGUUGCCUCUUAUGCCUCCUUCCAUGAGCAAAAGAUGUCUUCUUGGCUUAUUUAUGUGUUUGAUGCUGACAGUCUUUAUAGCAACGUUUAUUAGACAAUGUUUGCCGCUAAUUAAGAUCUCUAAGAAACAGAAAGAGAGAUUUUAUUCUCUUUGUCUCGGUUAUCGAGAAAGUAUCAGAAUAUCUUUUUUCGCACUCGUUUUUAUGGUUGGACAAGCAGUUAGAAAGAAAAGAAUGUCCAACAAAUACAUUGUUUUUCAUUAUAUGACGUUUAUUCCUGUUAAUUUCAUCCCAUUAAUUGUAGAUUUCGUCAUGGACGUUCUCAAAGCCAAGAAACCACCACUUCAUUUCGUAUGCAAUGAACUUUAUGAUAUGGUUUUCAUUGCAAUCGAAACUGUUCGAUUAUUACCCGCAUUAAAGGCAAUGUCGUCAAAUAACGACAACAUUAUCAAUGAAGAUCCACCUGAUGCAAUAGUUGUAUGA